AUGGUGCAAAUUAUUGAUUGUGCAUUUCAGGAUAUCGAUAAAUUACGAAUGUUUCUAGGCGGACGAAUAAUCAAUCAAUUAAAUAAAAAAACUCUACAAGGCCUAGCCGAAGAAAUGUCAUAUUAUGUACCAGUGGUAUUUCUGACUCCAGAAAAGGUUAAAUUCACAAGUGUAUGGUAUACUCAAUCGUUACGUAAAGUUAGCAUUAAUUUUGGAAAUUUAUCCCGAGAAUUUACACAGUACUUAUAUGAUCAAUUUCAUAAAUAUUACUGUGAAUGA